AUGUCUUUCUAUGACAAAAGACCUUCUCCCUUAGAUAGUCUUAGGAAUCAAGGAAAUAUAUCUAAUCAAUAUAAUGAAACUAAAUAUCAACAGAAUGAUCCUUCCAAUGUAUUCUACAAGAGCGCAAACGAUAGCUCGGUUUCUUUUGAAACAAUUUUAACAACAGAUAGAUUAUUGGAUAAACUAGAUUUAACCUCAGAGGACGAAAAAUUAUUACAACAAGCUUUAUUAGAAGAGGAAGAAAAGAAAAAACAAUUAAAUGAAUUACAAGAUAAAGAAAAACUCAUAUCUGUUCCUGCGUCAGGAUUCCCAUCGUUAAGAAAUAGAAACAACGUAUCUUCGAGAACUGUGCCAACAAUGAAUACUGAACCUAGUUUUAAUGAUAAAAGUCUUAGUCUUCGAAAUAAUAAAUCCUCUGGAAAUGUACAACAGCAUUUUUCCUCAAAAUCAAGAUACUCUUAUUUUGUGGAAGAAGAUAGUGAUCAUGAAGAUUUUUUAAAUAAUAUUCAAAACUUACCAAAUAGAGUUAUUAAUCAAGAUAGAAUCCAUCCAUAUAGAAACAUCAGAUAUGAAAAUUCUAAGAUUAAACAAGUUUCAAAUAAUGAAAAAUUAGUUGAAUCAGACAAGCAUCAUGAUAUUAAUAAACAUAGAAAAAAUAUGGUAAAUUUUGAAAAAUAUAGGUUUAGAAAUCCGUUGUAUCAUAAAGGAAAUAAUAAUCAUAACAUUGGCAUAUACCACGAUAGUGGUCACCAAAAUGAAGAUUAUACAGCAGAUAAGAAGCAUCCUAACACACAUGGUCUUUUUAAAAAUCAGAACUCGAGUAAUCAAAAAUCGUCAUUGGAAAGAAAUCAAAGAAGUAUUAAUUCGAAUAACUCCAAUAACUCAUUUAGAGAAACAUUAUCAAAACCAAGCACUAAUUCCUCCUUUGAUAGUGAUUUGUCUCUAUAUGGUCCUGCUUUUAAGGGUCAAUCUACUUCAGAUACAAUAAUGACACCCUCUCCUGCAACACCUGUUGUAAAAAUAAUCGAUAGUUCGAGCUCUUUAGGGGAUCUAACUAAUCCAAUUCCAUCACACAAGACUCAUAAAAAGAAAUCUUCCUUUUCAUUAAGGAAUCUAUUCAGGUCACCAAGAUCAAGUAAGACUUCAUUACACGCAGCUAAUGAAGAAAGCUAUUUCACCAAUGUAAAAAGGAACUCGCCAGAUCAAUUGCAUACUACAGAUACACUAUAUAUCGAAAAAAAACGUAACUCACCCAUACGCCAUGAGAGUUAUACUAGAGAGGUGGGAUAUGGCAAUAAUAAUGUAGAGCCUUCUAGAAAGAAGACAAUGGGCCAUAUACGAUCAGUUUCAGAUAUAUCUUAUGCUAAAUCGAAUUAUUAUUCGGAGCCUGCCCAGAGAGUUCAGAGCAGUCAUACCAUGACAAAUGUUGAGGAAAGAAGGCUCUCUUUGGGAAGUUCUGUAAAGGAAACUUCUUAUUCAUUUAUAACUCCAAAGAACUCAUAUGAAAACGAUCCUGGCUUGGAGUUCAAGACGCCAAUAUUAAAAUCAGAGCCAACCUUGGACUCUUCUAAUGACAUUGAAGAAUAUUUCGACUUUCAAGGAAAUAAUAUAGAGAAGGCAAUCCAAAUGAGACAAAAAGGUAAAAUUAUAGAGUCUACUGAAAAACUUAGAUUGGCCUGUUUGACAGGAAACAAAACUGCAUUUUUAUUAUAUGGCUUGGCAUUAAGGAAUGGUUAUGGUACAGCGAAAAAUUAUAAAGCCUCAUUUCAUUACAUUAGAGAAGCUGCGGGCAUUCAGUCUGAAAAUGAUGAAAUAUUUAAACUUACAAUAGAUCCAUUUGAACUAGAAAAUGGAUCAUCUAUACCCACUGAGGUGGCUGAACCUCUAGUUCCAGCAUUAUAUGAAUGCGGCAUUUCAUAUCUAAAAGGAUAUGGGGUUCCACAACAAGACGAAUUAAAGGGCUUAAAAUAUCUAGAAAAAGCAGGAUCAUUGGGUCAUAUUGACUCGAUGUGUCUAAGCGGUACAAUUUGGUCAAAACAUUCAGACUUCCAUGAGAAGGAUAUUAAAAGAGCAGCAUCUUGGUUCCGUCUUGCAGAAAAAAGAGGAGCCAAUCUAAUAGGUUCGGAAUGGAUUCACAGGGAUAAAUACAAACGAAUUUAG